AUGCACAGUAGUCGACCACAUACUCUGGUGUUCAUUUUAAACAGCAAAGCGCUUGCGCGAGGAGAGGUCCCCGAGAUAGCUAGCGUUGGAAUUAUCUUCCCCACCUGGGGUGUCACGGCUAGCGGCGCGCUGCAAUACCAUCAGCGCUCUGUGGGCCAGCUUGUUCGAUUCUUGAAGGACCUGUCGAUCGCGCCCCUCGAGACAUGGAAGCCUUCGAGGGCGCUCUGGGCUCCGCAGCGCACGCAGAAGGCGAGAGCCUGGGGGCCUCGACGAGCACGCGGCAGGCCCCCACACGGCGUGCCAGACCAGAUAGCCAGCACCACGCACCCCGAGAUCCAGCCUCGGAGACGAGAGUACACGUCGUCGUUGAGCAGGUCCAUAUGCGACCCCUGA